UGUUUCGGCGUAAUGGUCCAACACAUUGUAAACUUGUUCCUCCAAGAAUUCCAAUAGAAAGAAGAAUCAAUUAUUACCUUGAUGUUACUAGAAUGAUUCAUUAUAAACCAUGUAGCUCGCAUAACAAUGAUGUUGGAGAUCAAGAAGCAAAAUGUAUAAAUAUAAGUUGUGCGAGACACAAAGUUGAAAAGCAAGUGCAAAUAAG